AUGAGCAGAGCUUCAGGCACCGCGCCGGGAACCGACCGGAAAACCGAGCCCCACGGCCUUAGCAUCACCAGCAGCCCCAGCAUCGGCCUGUGCAGCAGCACGCUGACGGGCUCCGACAACACCAGCGCCGGCACCAGCAAAUCGAGCGGCGGCGCUGGCGUGGGCGGCGAGCGGUCGGACGCCAAGCAAUUUGCAGACAGCGGGAAGAGCAGCUUGAGCUCGGUUGGCUGCUGCAAUGGCGGAGACGACGACCCAAACGAGGCGGGUUUCAGAAGCGUCUGCCUGUCCAAGCCUCACAACGGGAACGAUGCGCGGUGGGACGCCAUACAGAGCCUGCGGGCCCGGGACGGCGGCGGGUCGGGCCUAGGAUUGAGCCAAUUCAGGCUCCUGAAGAAAUUGGGGUUUGGGGAUAUCGGGAGUGUGUACCUGGCGGAGCUGAGGGGCACGGGGUGUCUUUUCGCGAUGAAGGUGAUGGACAAGGGAAUGCUGGUGAGUAGGAGGAAAGUGGGACGGGCCCAGAUGGAGAGGGAUAUUUUGGGCUUGUUGGAUCAUCCCUUUCUGCCGACCCUGUACUCCCAUUUCGAGACCGAGAAGUUUUCGUGCUUGCUCAUGGAAUUUUGCAGUGGUGGAGACCUGCACUUGCUCAGGCAGCGCCAGCCGGCCAAGCAUUUUCCGGAGCAAGCGGCAAGGUUCUACGCUUCAGAAGUGCUCCUUGCGCUCGAGUACUUACACAUGAUGGGUGUUGUUUACAGAGACCUAAAACCCGAAAAUGCUCUAGUUAGAGAUGAUGGUCACAUUAUGCUCUCCGAUUUCGAUUUGUCCUUAAGAUGCUACGUAAAUCCCACUCUCGUCGCUUCUAAUAACACCCCAUCUUGUACAAAUUCAUCAUAUUGCAUUCAACCCCUGUGCAUCGACCCAGCAUGUAAAAUCGAGCCUGCCUGUUUCCAGCCCACUUGCUUCAAACCCCGAAUUUUCAAUUCCAGAUCGAAGCCCACAAAAGCCAAAAAAACCCAACGAGCAAAUCUAACAAUCGGCCUGGAUUCUCGUCCUGUUCUAGUUGCCGAGCCCACUGGAGCUCGCUCAAUGUCAUUUGUUGGGACCCACGAAUAUUUAGCUCCUGAGAUUAUCAAAGGGGAGGGCCACGGCAGUUCAGUCGACUGGUGGACUUUCGGCAUUUUCUUGUACGAGUUGCUUCACGGGAAGACACCGUUUAAAGGUAAUGGCAAUCGAGAGACUUUGUUUAAUGUAGUCGGGCAGCCGUUGAAAUUUUCCGAGGGCCCCACGAUUAGUUUCGCCGCCAAGGAUCUGAUUCGAGGUCUUCUUGCAAAAGACCCUCAGAAGAGGUUAGGAUUUAAGAGUGGGGCUACGGAGAUAAAGAAGCACCCGUUUUUCGAGAGCGUGAAUUGGGCUCUCAUUCGAAGCGCGGUUCCACCUCACAUUCCCGAGCCAGUGGAUAUCGAGUCUCUCCCGUCUAACCACAAGAGGGCCAAUAGCUCGUCCGGCCCGUACUUGGAUUUCGAAUUUUUCUGA